AUGUCCCCUUCUUAUGCCUAUGCUGCACUACUGCUGAAGGAUGUCCUCGUCGUUCGAUCCGUACGACUGGGCUUCGUUCUACUUUGGGAAAAUGGGACGCCUGGCGAUUAUUCGCUGAGUGUGAGGGAAUCCGAUGAGGAGAACAAAGUCCGCCAUUACCUUAUUGAAGAGAAAUUUUCCGAAAAUGGCACGAAACAAGUCAAGAUUGCCGACCACGAUUUUAUGGAUAUACCAACACUGCUGAAUCAUUUCAAAAUACACAUACUGGAUAAAACAUCACUGAGUAUACCGUACCGCAAAGGGCAGAUUGAGCAGGUGAUCGGCCUUUACCGAUUUGAAGGCGAACGUGACACGGAUCUCCCGUUUGAAGCUGGAGAACUGCUUGAAAUCAUCGGAAAACCAGAAGCUGAGUGGUGGCAAGCAAGGAACGCACUAAAUGCAACAGGUCUUGUGCCUGCAAUCUAUGUUCGACCAGUUGAUGAAAUGAAUGAUCGUCAUUUGAAAGGUCAAAGUCAGUCAUCAUUAGGCAGCUCCGUUGGUGAAGAACGAUUCAGUGGUGUUUCGACGAACAGUGAUCCGAUUGAGGAUCGAUAUGAACCUCCUCUUCCUGCUGUGGCAAAGGCUAUUUACGACAGACAGCCAAAUGCGUACGAUCCAACUCAACUGAAGCUGAAGAAAGGUCAGUUGAUCCGAAUCACCAAAAAACUUACCAAUGGCAUGUACGAAGGGGAAUUGGACGGUCGAGUUGGCAUCGUUCCAUUCACCUAUGUGCGUUUCGCUAAAGCAGAAGCUGUAUAACUUGUGAAUGCAGCUGCAUCCAUAUGCAUAUCUAAUCCGAUCUGAUCUUGCUUGCAGAGCCAUCUUUUUUCAUGCGAUUUCAUUUUUUUUGUGAAGGCAGCACUUACACCUUCGCUGUACGUUUGCUGUAGCAGUGGAAAGUCAAAGAAUUGUGUAAUGCUGCUUUCUAAAGUAAAAUCAAUUUGAGUAUGAGCAUCAACCCGGGCCAUAAUUUAUGUAUAACUUAGGCGCAUACGACUUAUAGAGUUGCACUUUGUUGUUGAAUAGAUAUCAUUUGCAAAAGUCCAUUUUCAUUAUCACUUAUAAUGCAUAUAAAGCAUGGUAUGCGUUUUCAAACUAUGCUAGCUAUAAGCUUAGCAUAAGCUUGUGUAAUAAGUAAUAGUAAUAGUAGCAGUUCCACCACUAUUUAGUGUCACGCUUUUGUAAACAGCCAUUCCGGUUCUGUUCUUCAUCUCUGUAGCAUUGGUUCUGUACCUACUGCGAUUUCUAGACUGCAAGUGCUUCCGUAUUUGAAUAGAUCACAACCUUUGCUGCAAUCUUGUCUCAAAUUGUUGCCACUUAUCACUUAAGAUACAUAUUCACUUUGUUUGCCUCACGAAAAUCUGCUGUUUCACGAGUAUGCUGUGCUUUAUAUGCUUCAGUCCUAUUUGUGUUGUGUAUAUAUAUGAAUAAAGC